AGCAGCCAAAGCUACCCUUUAGACUCAUGUACGUGCAAAGGAAUAAGUGGUUUGCUCCAGUUUGGUUGCCCUGGCGACAAAAGAACGCCCGGGUUCUGUUGUUAUUUUAAGAGGAAAGAUGGAAUUUGUAACUACUGAAUCAUUUGUGAGCCCUCUGAAGGGAUUCUUGAUAUUGCCACCAGCAGACCAAGAGAAGAAAAAUGAAACCAUGUAUUGCCAAUUAGAUGACAAGCCACGCCCAUAUGUCAUUGGCAGCAUACGAAAUGUGAACCAGAAAAUCACUCACUUAGAAUUGGGACUCAAAAAAUUUGACAGUAGUGACCUAGUGAUUGAGAAUGUGGGACUGAAGAAACAUCAAACUCGGAGGAUUUCUAGAAUAGGAUCAAGGACAAACAGGGGGAAAGACCAAAAAGCAAUGCUGAAGACUGGUGGGCAUGGUUCAGAGAUGGAUAUUUUAAUAACUCAAGGCAAAAUAGCUCAGAAAAAGAUGGUAACGGAAAAAGAUAAACUUGUGGAAUUGUAUCAAUACCCAGGGUACUGUAAGGAAGAACUCACACUGUUGCCAAAUGGAAUAGAGCUAGAUGAAAUUUUGGACAAGGUGAUUCGUGCCCAGAGUAAAACAAUAAUUGGGAAGACAAGGUGGGCUGUGAAGAUGCUGCGCAGAUUUCUUGGUGCUCCAUGCAUCCAAGCUAUUUUGCUGGACAGUUUCUGGUGGCAGUUUCUACAUCUGUAUCAUCCAAAUCGAGAGAUUCAGGGACAUUUGUUUGAACGCAUUGCAGAAAAUUAUUCCCGUGUUCUCUUGGGCUGUCAUAAGGUUUCCAACCAGGAGCACAUUCUGACAUUUUUUCCAUCAUUGCUGAGUCAAGUUGUGUACACCUGCUUCUGCUACUGUUUCCCGAGGUCCUGGUUCAAUACACAUGAAUUCAAGGCACAACUCUGUGAUGUAUUUUCUGAGUGGUUAGGAGGUACUUUGCAUGCACCAGGGAGUUACAAUAAAUGGGAUUAUUCCCAGCUGGAACCAGAGCGAUCUAGGAGAGAAGAUAUGCUGUCAGGAAAGGGAAACUUGGGGACUGCCUCUGAUGUUUCCUUUCAAUGCAAGGAAGCUGGUUCUGAGAGAAUGUUCCCCAUGCAGAAACACCUCUCUUUAAGAACUUCUGUUAGGAAGCACAAAUACAUAGCCAAGAAACGUAUUUCCAGGAAAAAAGAUCAACAGCUGCUGUCCAAAAGAGAAAGAAGGCAUCCUCAGGUUAAUUUUCACUCUCUGCCGUGUGAUAGCCAGCUUAAAAAGAAUGAUGAGAAGGAUUCAUGGAACAAAUGCCGGCGCUCACAGAAAAAGAAGCUAGCAAUUGCUUUGCUUCCUCGAGAGUCACACCCAGCCUGUUGUGGUCCUGAGUUCACCUGGCAUCACUUGAAUAUUAACGGACAAAGUCCACUCAUUCAGCACUUCCUCCAGAAACGGAAUCUUGAACUAAAAGCAGGAUGUGACAUAUUUUUGCCUAGGAGGGAAAUCUCCAAGCCAAUACCGGAUUCUUCACAGACAUAUGCAGAAGUGAUCAAGGAAAGUUUCCAUACCCUCCACCAGAGGCACAAGGCCUUCAAAAAAACCUACUAUAGACACUGGAGAGAAAUGAAGAAUUUUGACCAACAGUACAAGGAUAAUCAGGAACUUCUCAGACAAGAGAUGCAAGAAGAGAUGAAAAGAGCUCAAGCCUCAAAACAGAAAGAAUUGCUUGCUUCUUCCCUCAAUGGAGCAAACAGUUCACGCAAGAUUUCAUUACACUUACAAGAAAUGGCAUAG